GUUAGGUAUCCAGGGGUCGUCUGCCAGGCAAUAGCAAGUCUGACGCAGCGCGGAGCGGACCUCCUAUACACAAACUUCGGUCCAACAUCAGCGCGGACCCCUCGAGCGACCCGCCGACAACCAAGACAGGCGAGGAGGCGGGGGAAGCAGCGAAGGAGGCCCGGCUCGUGCUCGCCACUCAGGACGACGCCACACACACCUUCACGAUGCUGAUUGCGGGAUCCAUCGUUACCUUCGGCGCGGGCGCCAUCAUCCAGUCCCUGGUCGCCGGCUUUGAUACUUCCAUCGUCACCAUGACUGGCAUCCCCCUAGAUGCAACCAUCGCAUCGCUCUCCAAAUUCCUGGCGAACACCAACAUCGACCACCGCACCUUCUACAUCGUUUCGCACGACAAGCAGAAGCGCCACUGCAAGAUCCUCGUCGACCGACGAAGCGCCACUCAGCUUGUCGACGCGAUUGGCCAAGUCGAGAUGGGUGGCUGCCGGCUCAGCGCGUCUUUAGUCGAUGCUGGCGGCGGCGACGUCCUCAGUGUGGACUACUUCUUGAACCUGUGGUGGAGGGCGCCGUCCGCGCGGUACGUCGCGACCUACGGCUCCCCGGCCGUCGCAGAGGCGAAGGCACGCGAGCUGAACGGUAGCAUGCUGCACGGACGACGCGUCAGUGCCCAUACGUACAAAGCCUCGUCUGACAUCGUCAUCGACGGCCUUCCCGCUUCGGUCACGGCCAAAGAGGUGGCGCAUUUUGCGAAGACCCUCUCUGCUAUCCGACAGCACUCGAAGAGCCACGAUACCAAGGCGGCGCUCUGUGGGAUACAGGACACCCUCAGGGCGAUAUUUGGAACUGUUGAGAUGGCGAUGGAGGACGUGUCGCGCCCAAGGGAAAGCUCGACGACGAAGAUUCGCCUGCGCCUCGACAGCCUGGACCGCGCCCUACAAGCCCACAACGCCUUCAAUAGGAAGAAGUUCUCGUGGAAUGGCAAUUCGCCAAUCCACGCAUUCGUCGACGAGCCCGUGCAGUUCAAGCUUACAAUUCCGUUCAGGGAAUAUAGGGCACAGCGCAAGCAAUGGAGCGAGCUCGAGGCGAGCCAUUCGCCUGCGCAGCCCGGCCGCCACGACUGCUUCCUCGAGCUCAAAGGGCUGAUGUGGAGCGGAACUUCCGUCGACGUGACGAUCUCGGGCUGGCAGAAAGAGGCGGUGGGGAGAUUGAAGGUUCGCGUCGAGAAUCUUGCCCGUGGUGAGACGCUUGUGGGCGGGAUCCCAGGCUUGAGCGACCGCUUCCUCGAUGAGGUCGAGCUAUUGACGAACGCGUUGAUCAUUCGCGAUCGACGCACACGUGCCCUGAGGGGCAUUGGCGAGCCAGAGGCUUUGGCUCGGGCAAGAAGCCACCUUCAGGAUGAGGCGGAGCGCCUGGCCUCGCUGGAGAUCACUUUCUUCCUGAAGCCGAACGUGGCGCCGUACUUCCUGCGUUUGGGCAUCCCGGCUUUGAAGGAGGAACUUGGCGAGGGAUGCGUGAGAUUGCGGGGCCGAAGCUCGCUUGUCGUCCGAGGAGGCGAAGUGGCGCGGCGCGCGGUCGAGCGCCAUAUGGCGGAGGCAGAGACGUGUCGCUUCGCCGAUCGGGCGACUGGUUCUACAUGUCCUGUCUGCUAUAUGGAGCCUGUGUCGCCCUUCCGUCUGGGUUGUGGACACGAAUAUUGCGCGGCGUGCGCCAAGCUUCUGCUCUCGAGCGCGACGGACAACAAGACGUUCCCAUUGCUUUGCGUCGGGGAUAACGCGACGUGUGGCGUACCGAUACCCAUUCCUACGAUCCGCAAGUUCCUGACCGACGAGGGGAUGAACAGACUCUUCGACGCCGCCUUCGCAGCUCAUGUCGAGCGCAACCCGGACAAGGUGAAGUACUGCCGGACGGCGGGAUGCGAGCAGGUGUACGCUGUCACCGCGGAGCAACAAUUUGCGCCUUGCCCGUCGUGCUUCGCUGGCGUCUGCACCGCUUGCAACGAGGAUGCGCAUACUGACAGAACUUGCGAUGAAGUACGACGAGCGAAGGACGAGGAGCGGCUCAACAACAAGCUCUGCACCGACCAGAACUACAAACGCUGCCCGAACUGCAAUAUCCUGGUCGAGAAAACCGCAGGAUGCAACCACAUGUCGUGCAGAUGUGGCACGCACUUCUGCUGGUUGUGCAUGCAGGCAUUCCCGAGCGGCAAGGAGACGUAUGACCACAUGAGCCAGGUGCAUGGAGGCUUCUAUGCCGGGCCCGUACCCGCAGAGAUGGUCGAGUUCGUUCCGGUGCAAGGUCGCGAUGCAGAGCGACUUCGCGUCUGGUUGAGGAACGAGGCUGUCCGCCAGGUAGAGGGUCCAAAUGGUAUACCGGUAUAUCUCAUCCCGGAUGAGGUGAUAGAGCAGGCGCGGGAGGAGAUGGCGCAGGAGAACAACGCUCAGGAAGGUCAAGGUGGGAACAGAAACUGCACUGUGAUGUGAGUGUAGACAGGCUAUACAACCGUCAAUUUUUUUAGAUCUCGAGGUCCAUUCUCUA